UAUAUAACAUCAAUUAUGUAUUUCUGACCAUUAUACUAUGAUCAGAUGUUAUACGUGACUAUGAUGUUACCACCUCCUCGUCACGUAAAGAAAAAGAAGUGAUUCAGCAAAAUCCAGGGCUAUACGUAUAGAUAAUCUUAAUCUCAUACGACGAGGACUACUUAUUUCAAAUUGUUCUACGCGCGUUUAGCUAAGAAUAUUUUACCUCCAAUCGACGUACAUUUAUACAAGACUGAUCACUUUCGGUUACUGCCAAAGAAUGAUUGGUCGCAGCGCACAUAUGGAUGUUUUAAUUGGAAACUCAACAUGUCGUGAUUUGCUUGAUUAGAUUAAAGAAAGGUCUUCACUAUACCAAUUUCUUUCAUUUUCUCGUUAGCCUUAGUGAAAUUUUAACAAAUUCGCAACAGUUCUCAAGUAUAUGUUCCACAGUGUAAUGCGUCAAUAAUGGCGCUAAAUUCUCUAAAUAAUGUUGACAAAGAAGAUAAUAGAAGAGUGAACAUAACCCUUUGACAAUGAGAUGUCCCACUUCUGAAACCAAACACUUUUUUUGUAAAGAAUAAGACUGCACAAGUGUACGGUUAAAUAAACAUUAGCAUCCGCAGUUGUUUAGUAUCUUCAUCAAUAUGGGGCUACUGUUCGCAAAAUUGUGGAGCUUCUUUGGCAAUGAAGAACAUAAGAUAGUAAUGGUAGGAUUAGACAAUGCUGGUAAAACAACUAUAUUAUACCAGUUCCUAAUGAACGAGGUUGUUCAUACAUCACCGACUAUUGGAUCUAACGUUGAAGAAGUUGUUUGGAAAAAUAUUCAUUUCAUAAUGUGGGAUCUGGGUGGACAACAAAGCUUAAGAGCAGCAUGGUCCACCUAUUACACGAACACUGAGUUUAUAAUUAUGGUUAUAGACAGCACAGAUAGAGAAAGACUUGGUGUAAUAAGAGAAGAAUUAUACUCUAUGUUAAACCAUGAGGAAUUAAGUAAAGCUAAUGUUUUAGUUUAUGCUAACAAGCAAGAUUUAAAGGGUAGCAUGACAGCGGCUGAAAUUUCUAGACAGCUAGAUUUGACUUCGAUUAAGAAACAUCAGUGGCAUAUACAAAGUUGUUGCGCACUUACUGGAGAAGGAUUAUACCAAGGUCUUGAGUGGAUUGUUGGACGUUUAAAAAAGACAUGACGUACAUUAUGAGAACUGAUUUUGAACCUAACAAGAUAUCUAAAAUGUAAAGUAUAUGUUCCGUGUAAGUUAUUGUGCCACUCUAACAAUUGUACAAAUGACCAACGGAUGAUCAUUUUUCAACUGGUACACUAGCUUCACGCAUAUCGUAAAGUGUAACUGCAUAUAUUGAUUAAAAUUAUUACUGCAGGCAUUUAAUAUAAUAAGCGGUGGACGGGUAAACUUCGUCUUCUCUAUUUAUGUGAUAUAAAAAAUAAUGGCAAAUCGUAACAUUUAUAAUAUCAAAGUAAAGAUGUUUCAAAUAUUCUCUAUGUAAAGCAUAUGGAGCACUACAUUAUAACAAAAUGAAACAGUUUAGAAUGUCAAGGCUCUUUUAUAGGAAAUAUCAUUGCAUUACGAAAACUAUUUUUAUGACGAACGUUUUAUUUGUGUAUAAUAAAUAUGAACAUUUUGCAACUGCCGAAUACAACAUAUUGGCUCGAAAUAUGUUUUCUCAUAAUUGUAUUAAUUUAUAGCUAUGUAAUGUUGCAUUUAAAAUUGCCUGCAAAAUAUCAAAUAAUUUUAAUUCAAUAAAAAAUUUAAUGUAAAUAUUGGACACAUAUUUGAAUGAUAAAAAUUUUAAUCUUGAUUCCGUCCCGUCCACCUAUGUUUAUAAAAAGAGUAAUAGAUUAUUUAUUAAUUCUGUUCCGUUAACUUGAUAAAAAUUGUUUGGCCUGUACGAUUUCCAAAAAUAUACCAAUGUACAUAGUUUUUUAUACUCAGCAUUAAUAGUAAACGAUUGUAAAAAAUCAACUCCGACAUAACACCGAUUAAACUGCAUAUUUUUCAA